CCAUGGAACAGUUGCAGCAAGAAUGUGCGGACACAGAGGCUCUGAUGAGCGCUCUUCGCAAACAUCGUGCGUUGGAGAAUUUUCUGAUGAAGGAAUGCAUCCCGUUCCUGGAGAAAAAGCUAAACACAGCCGAGAAGGACGCCCUCCGUUGGCAGGAACGUGCGACGAAAGCGGAGAACCGGAUUGAAUAUCUCGAGCGGCAGUUACAGGAAAAGGAAAAACUCGCAAAUCAACAGAAAAAUGUGAAUGAUGUGCAGUAUCAAAUAAUGAUGAAGACGGGUUCCGUGAUGGGCGAGGUUGUGUGGAAAGCGUUCAAAAGCCAUGUCACCGUUAAAAUGCUCGUCGAAGCCGAGGAAACCAUGGACAAGUACUGCGCACUGUCGCAGGGAUUCGUGGAAUCCUUUCUCGGCACCUAUAACGGCUGCAUGCCAUCGCAGAAAUCGUUGGAGCACGUGUUUGUUAUUUCGAUUCUCGGGGCGUUGACCAACUUUGCUGCCUUCAACGAGGGCCGUGCGUUCCUGGCGAAGCGCCAGUCGGGCUUACUGCUGAUGGAAAGGCUGCUACAGGAUCAAGCCAAAUGGAGCGUUAACCUUUGUCGGAACAUGAAAAGGAUGUCAUUGACUUUCGUGUACAACUUUUCGCUCGUCGACAACGUGGCCUACUUUGUAUUGAGCGAGGAGAAGCUGUUGAACGCAGUGCUAACGUGCGUUCGGUUGAACGAUUCCAGCGAUGUGGUCGGCGUAGCUGUGGCCAUUGUCUACCGUCUGCUGACGGUAUCGUUGCAGGCAGGCAUCCCUUCCGCUUUGCCGGAAAAGAUACCAUGGUCGAUGGUAAAGGCGAUGACUGCCUCUUCCGAUAGUAAGCUGGUGGAAAUAGCAAAAAGUUUGAUUGCUGUGAUGGAAGCAGCAUCGUCAUCGUUUCAGCAAUGUUGA